AUGAUCGCGCUCGUUGUGCUGUGCCUUGUGCUUUUCGUGUGCUGGUUCGGCAGGAGGAACCGUAAAGUCAUACCCAACUAUCCUCCGGGACCCAAGCCAUGGCCUAUAAUCGGCAGCUUACAUCUAUUAGGACAGCAUCGGACUCCGUUUGAAGCGUUUACGGCACUUAGCAAAAUCUAUGGAGAUAUUUUCAGUAUUCAACUAGGUGCUACCCCCUGUGUCGUCGUUAAUAAUUUUGAGCUCAUUAAAGAAGUGUUGAUUUCAAAAGGAGGAGAUUUCGACGCCAGACCAGACUUUAUUAGAUUCCACAGGCUCUUUGGUGGAGAUAGAAAUAACUCUUUGGCACUCUGCGAUUGGUCAGAUUUGCAGAAAACCCGCAGAAGCAUCGCAAGGACGUACUGCUCUCCUAGAUUCACAUCAUUGCAAUAUGAUAUGGUGGCAAAUGUAGGAACAGAUGAAAUCUCCACAUUCUUGUCGGAGGUCCAAAAAUUGCCUAUUAAUACUCCUGUUGAUAUUAAACCUUUAGUACUGGCUGCUUGUGCCAAUAUGUUCACUCAAUAUAUGUGUUCUACUAGUUUCGAUUAUAGUGAUAAAAAGUUUCAAACUGUAGUCAGAUAUUUUGACGAAAUUUUCUGGGAAAUUAAUCAAGGGUAUGCUGUCGAUUUUCUGCCGUGGCUUCUUCCUUUCUAUAAAAAUCAUAUGAGAAAAAUUUCUCACUGGUCCACGGAAAUCCGUCAGUUUAUCCUUAGUCGAAUUAUUGAUAAUCACAGAGAGUCAUUAGAUCACCACUCUCCUCCUAGAGAUUUCACAGAUGCGUUGCUCUUACAUUUGGAAGAGGAUCCGAAUAUGAGUUGGCAACAUAUUAUAUUUGAACUGGAAGAUUUCAUUGGAGGACAUUCCGCGAUUGGUAAUUUGGUAAUGAUGACUCUAGCAGCGUUGGUGCAAUAUCCUGAGGUAGCCAAAAAGGUUCAACAAGAAGUAGAUGAAGUAACUGGUACAACGAGGGAGCCCAGUUUGUUAGACAAAACUUCUAUGCCCUACACCGAAGCUGUUAUUUGGGAAACUCUACGCAAAGCAUCCUCUCCUAUAGUACCACACGUCGCCAGCACCGACACUGAUCUUUUCGGUUACAGCGUUCCAAAAGGCACAAUGAUUUUCAUUAAUAACUACGAAUUAAAUGCUAGUGGUGACUAUUGGCGAAAUCCUGAUGAGUUUCUCCCAGAACGGUUUUUGUCUUCCAAAGGACAUGUUGUCAAACCAAAUCAUUUCAUCCCAUUUAGCACAGGCAAAAGAACAUGUAUCGGGCAAAGACUAGUACAGUGCUAUAGCUUCAUCGUUCUAGCAACACUUCUUCAGAAGUAUGAUAUAAAAGCAGGAGGAGACAUCAAUCUAAAGCCUGGCUGCGUUGCCGUUCCCCCAGAUUGCUUCAAAUUGAUUUUAACUCCAAGAUCUUCAACUUCUGCCUUUAAAUAA